AAAGGAGCGGUUGCAGACCGGGCUGGAGCUGGUGCUGAAAGGAAGGGCUGGCAGACUUUGUCCUGGAACUGAUGCUGAAAGGCAGAAAGACUCAUCAGAUGGCUUCGUGCUGCUAAAAUAACCUUGCACUUCUGCACUUUUUUUUUUUUUUUUUUUUUUUUUUUUUUUGCUGCCCAGGAGGAUACAUGCCUAAUAGCCAGGCAUGAUGGCAAGCUGGGGACAAACGAGAACUUUUUUCAUCCUCGCUGCUUUAUUAGGGCGAUUUGUAGCCAUAAAAGCGCAAGAAGAGGAGGCAUAUGAUGGUGGAGAAGAUGUUGAAGAAAUAGCCUGCACCCAGAAUGGCCAGAUGUACCUGAACAGGGAUAUUUGGAAGCCCUCACCAUGCCAGAUUUGCGUCUGUGACAACGGAGCUAUUCUUUGUGAUGAAAUCCAGUGUCAAGAUGUGCUGGAGUGUGAGAACCCGCAGGUGCCACCUGGAGAGUGCUGUCCUGUGUGUCCCCACACAACACGGGAAUUUGACACCACCAUUGGUAGAGGAAGAAAGGGACAAAAAGGAGAACCUGGAAUAGUGCCACCUGUUUCGGGAAUACGAGGCCGCCCAGGGCCAGCCGGACCUCCAGGCUCACAAGGACCACGAGGAGAACGAGGACCAAAGGGUAGACCUGGUCCUCGUGGUCCUCCAGGGAUUGAUGGUGAACCUGGUAUCCCUGGCCAGCCUGGUGACCCCGGUCCUCCAGGACAUCCUACCCACCCAGGACCGGAUGGACUAAGCCGGCCAUUUUCAGCUCAGAUGGCAGGACUGGAUGAGAAAUCUGGACUUGGUAGUCAGAUGGGACUGAUGCCUGGUGCAGUGGGUCCAGUGGGUCCAAGAGGUCCUCAAGGUCUCCAAGGAAAGCAAGGUGGUGCUGGCCCCACAGGCCCACCUGGUGAACCUGGGGAGCCAGGACCUAUGGGUCCAGUUGGUUCUCGUGGACCAGAAGGACCUCCAGGAAAACCUGGUGAAGAUGGGGAACCUGGUAGACCAGGACAAACCGGUGAGCCUGGAUUUCCAGGAUCUCCAGGGCCUCGAGGCUUUCCUGGUGCUCCUGGUCUCCCGGGUCUCAAGGGUCACAGGGGACUGAAAGGCCUUGAAGGUCCAAAAGGUGAAAUUGGAGCAGCUGGAGCAAAGGGAGAGUCUGGACCAACAGGUGCCAUGGGUUCAUCAGGUCCUCUAGGACCUAGAGGAAUGCCAGGAGAAAGAGGUCGAAUCGGACCACAAGGUGCCCCAGGUGGACGUGGCCAGCAUGGUAUGCCUGGGAAGCCAGGGCCUAUGGGCCCACUUGGCAUAACAGGUUCUCCAGGUUUUCCAGGUUCUCCUGGUGUGAAGGGUGAAGCAGGUCCAACAGGUCCUCGUGGUCCUGAAGGUCCUCAAGGACAAAGAGGUGAAACAGGUCCACAGGGCCCAGCAGGAUCACAAGGUCUUCCUGGUACUGAAGGGACAGAUGGUUCCCCUGGUGCUAAGGGCCCUACUGGAUCUCCAGGCACUGGAGGCCCCCCUGGUUUGUCAGGUCCACCCGGUUCUCCAGGACCACAAGGCAGUACUGGUCCACCUGGUAUUCGAGGCCAGACGGGAGACCCUGGUGUCCCAGGUUUCAAGGGAGAAGCAGGACCCAAAGGUGAACCUGGCCCACAAGGUCCACAGGGUCCCAUUGGCCCUGUAGGUGAAGAAGGGAAAAGAGGUCCUCGAGGUGAUCCAGGGUCAGUAGGUCCACCAGGUCCUGUUGGAGAGAGGGGUGCUCCCGGUAACCGUGGUUUUCCAGGUUCUGAUGGUUUGCCUGGACCAAAGGGUGCCCAAGGAGAGCGUGGUCCAGCAGGUUCUUCUGGUCCUAAAGGAGGUCAGGGGGAUCCUGGGCGUCCUGGUGAACCUGGCCUCCCAGGUGCAAGGGGUUUGACAGGAAAUCCAGGUGUUCAAGGCCCUGAAGGAAAACUUGGCCCCUUGGGUGCUCCUGGAGAAGAUGGACGUCCGGGUCCAGCAGGUUCAAUAGGAAUCAGAGGUCAGCCAGGCAGCAUGGGCCUUCCAGGGCCAAAGGGUAGUAGUGGUGAUCCUGGAAAAGCUGGAGAAGCAGGCAAUGCAGGUGUCCCAGGACAGAGAGGAGCCCCCGGUAAAGAUGGUGAAGUUGGUCCUUCAGGUCCUGUUGGCCCACCAGGUCUUGCAGGAGAAAGAGGAGAACAGGGCCCACCAGGUCCUACAGGGUUUCAGGGUUUGCCUGGGCCACCAGGUCCUCCAGGUGAGGGAGGAAAGCCAGGUGAUCAGGGUGUUCCUGGAGAUCCUGGAGCUGUUGGUCCGUUAGGUCCUAGAGGAGAACGUGGCAAUCCAGGGGAAAGGGGAGAACCAGGUGCAUCAGGACUCCAGGGUGAAAAGGGUAUGGCUGGAGGUCAUGGUCCUGAUGGUCCAAAGGGAAGCCCAGGCCCUAGUGGGACACCUGGUGAUCCAGGACCACCAGGUCUUCAGGGUAUGCCUGGAGAAAGAGGGAUUGCUGGAACGCCUGGCCCCAAGGGUGACAGAGGCGGCAUAGGAGAGAAAGGUGCUGAAGGUACAGCUGGAAACGAUGGGGCAAGAGGUCUCCCUGGUCCAAUAGGCCCAAUGGGUCCAGCAGGUCCCACUGGUGAAAAGGGUGAACCAGGUCCUCGAGGUCUAGUUGGUCCUCCUGGCUCCCGUGGGAACCCUGGUUCCCGAGGAGAAAAUGGCCCAACUGGUGCUGUUGGUUUUGCUGGUCCUCCGGGUCCUGAUGGUCAGCCAGGUGUGAAAGGUGAACCUGGAGAACCUGGACAGAAAGGAGAUGCUGGAUCUCCAGGACCGCAGGGUCUUGCUGGGUCUCCUGGUCCACCAGGUCCUUCAGGUGUUCCUGGUCUGAAAGGUGGUAGAGGAACUCAGGGUCCACCUGGUGCUACUGGAUUCCCAGGAUCUGCUGGAAGAGUUGGGCCUCCCGGACCUACUGGAGCUCCAGGCCCUGCUGGACCUAUUGGUGAGCCAGGAAAAGAAGGUCCCCCAGGUCUUCGUGGUGAUCCUGGUUCUCAUGGCCGUGUGGGAGAUCGAGGGCCAGCCGGACCUCCUGGUGGUCCUGGAGACAAGGGUGAUGCAGGGGAAGAUGGGCAGCCGGGCCCCGAUGGCCCCCCUGGUCCAGCAGGAACUACUGGUCAAAGAGGUAUUGUUGGUAUGCCAGGACAGCGAGGGGAAAGAGGCAUGCCAGGGCUGCCGGGUCCAGCAGGUACACCAGGAAAACAAGGUCCCACAGGGCCACCUGGUGAUAAAGGUCCACCAGGACCUAUUGGCCAGUCAGGUGCCACUGGACCUGUAGGUGAAGCUGGCCCAGAAGGACCUGCUGGUAAUGAUGGUACUCCUGGACGGGAUGGAGCUGUUGGAGAACGCGGUGAUCGUGGUGAACCAGGCCCUGCAGGCUUACCAGGUUCCCCAGGGGGUCCAGGAACUCAAGGUCCUGUUGGCCCUCCAGGAGAUGCAGGUCAAAGAGGUGAAACAGGUUCUCGAGGUCCAAUGGGUCCCCCAGGUCGUGCAGGAAAAAGGGGUUUGCCUGGUCCCCAAGGACCUCGUGGUGACAAAGGUGACAAUGGAGAUAGAGGUGAUAGGGGCCAGAAAGGACACAGGGGUUUCACUGGGCUGCAAGGUCUUCCUGGUCCACCUGGUCCUAUUGGUGAACAGGGCAGUCCUGGCAUUCCAGGCCCAUUUGGUCCUAGGGGUCCUCCAGGUCCAGUUGGUCCUUCUGGCAAAGAUGGAAGUCCUGGUCCACUUGGGCCAAUUGGGCCUCCUGGUGUUAGAGGGAGUGUGGGAGAAGCUGGACCAGAGGGUCCACCAGGUGAACCUGGCCCUCCUGGCCCUCCAGGACCUCCAGGCCAUCUGACUGCUGCCAUUGGUGACAUCAUGGGACACUACGAUGAUGCUAUGGCAGAUCCACUACCAGAGUUUACUGAAGAUGAAGCAGCCCCAGAUGACCGUAAUAAAACAGACCCAGGAGUUCAUGCCACACUAAAGUCACUGAGCAGCCAGAUUGAGACUAUGCGCAGCCCAGAUGGUUCAAAGAAACACCCAGCACGGACUUGUGAUGACCUGAAGCUAUGCCACCCCUCCAAAAAGAGUGGUGAAUAUUGGAUUGAUCCUAACCAGGGAUGUGUUGAAGACGCUAUAAAAGUAUAUUGCAACAUGGAAACUGGAGAGACCUGUAUUUCUGCGAACCCAUCCACUAUACCUCGUAAAACAUGGUGGGCCAGCAGGUCAUCUGACAUAAAGCCCAUAUGGUAUGGACUUGAUAUGAACAGGGGAUCACAGUUUGUAUAUGGGGAUACAGCUGUAACUCAGAUGACAUUCCUGCGUCUCCUAUCAAAGGAAGCUUCCCAGAAUAUCACUUACCUUUGUAAAAACAGUGUUGGAUACAUGGAUGACCAGACAAAGAACCUGAAAAAGGCUAUAAUUCUGAAAGGGGCCAAUGACCUGGAGAUCAAAGCGGAAGGAAACAGUCGAUUCAGAUACACUGUUCUGCAUGACAGCUGUUCUAAACGUCAUGGGAACGUGGGCAAGACCAUCUUUGAGUACAGGACGCAGAAUGUGGCACGCCUACCUAUCAUCGAUAUUGCACCGGUGGACAUUGGCAGUACAGACCAGGAAUUUGGAGUUGAAAUUGGUCCAGUUUGCUUUGUGUAAGAGGAAGGAGGGAAAUUAACACAAUAUCCAGCAACAGCAGCAAUUAAACACAUGAACUUAGACUGAUUGAAGUUAAUCCUGAGACUCUUGAAGUAAUGGCUGAUAUUGGAUCAGCAUUGUACAUAUGGUUCUUUUUAAAUGCCCAGCCUCCUUUUGAAUAUUUAUUUUACUUAAAAACCUUCCAUUUUAAACAAUUGAAACCAACAUUUUAUUGCAAUAGUACAAUUUUAAGAGAAUCGAUGAACACCUUUUAAAAGUAAUAUUAAACAUUUUCCUUGCUUUUGUUUAAAGAUAUUUUGAAAUUUACAGGUAUUCAAACCAGGCAUUUGUAAUGUGGACAAUGUAAAGCUCUAAGGAUUAUUUCUUUUGCUUGGUUGCAUACUGAAUAACAGAAAAACAAAGCGCUUUUGUGAACCGUUUGCUAUAUUUUGAUGAUACCUACCCCCUUAACCCCAGUUUCUCUUCCUGUGGUUGCCAGUAUGAUAGCCAUUAACAGAACUAUGUGUCUUAAUUUGGAAAUGUCUUUCCUGCACUUUUCUAUGUAAUAGCCUGCUCAGAGUAUUCCAUAGCCAUAAAUAAUUUAUGAAGCAAAAUUACUACUGGACUAAAUGUAAGUUUUCAGUAGGGGUGUCCCAUAUCUUAAAUUUUGAGACCAGACUUCACUACUCACAAUGUAUCUGUGUAAUUCUAUUAAAUUGUCCUUAAUCUUCAAAAUAUAUCUUAAACCCAAUACUGGUUGAUUUUCUGAUACUUGCCAAUCUAAGAAGCCAUUACAUAUCCCAUUAUACAGAUGUCUUAUAUGUGGUGCCAAUUUAUAUAUGUUGCAAAUCAUUCACAUGUACACCAGACCAAUUUCUAUUAAAAAAAGAGAAAGUUUAAAAUUCAUUGUUUUUAGAUGACAUCCAGACAUGCAUCUCCAGUAAUUUGUCUUAUUGACCUUGAGUUGUCAAGGCAAGAAAGUUCCAUCAUUUCUUAGCAUGAGCUACCUCACCUCUGGAAGUUGGGAUGCAUUUAAUAUUCCUAUUUUUAUUUUAGAUAUUAAAAGGUGCUAUGCUUCUGUUGUUAUUUUGAGAAAGGAGAUAGGCAGGGCGAAACCAACAAAAAAGUAAUGGUGCUAAAUGACUCUGUAGAAGACUGAUGAAAUAAAGAUACUUGUCAAUGUCAUUUUCAGAGCUUAGCUGUUAGGCUUUAUGAUGUUUGAGAGAACAAUGUUACAGCGCAUUUAUUUGUUGGUCAUAUAGUAUAUGAAAUAUUUUGUGCCACUAACAUGCUUUAUUUUGUAAAGUAUGUGGGUACAAACUUACUUAGUUCUUUUGUUUCUUUAUUGCGUCUGUGCUCUCCACAUUUUUUACUUUUUCCUUUUAAAAAAAAAAUAAACAGUUGGGGCCAUCCCUAAAGAAAGUCAUGCACAUAGCUUUAUUCAUGUAUCUUUGCAAAACAUUUAAUUAAAUACAUGCUUCUUGCUAUGUAAGUGGUUUCCUUUUUGUAGAAUUCCUUCAUCUGUGUCCUGUAUCAGUUAAUUUCUAGGAAAUUAAAAAUAGAAGUAUUUAACUUUUGUUUUGUUACUAUUUGAAUAACUCGUUUGUAAUGCAUUCUCUGGAACUAUUUUACAUGUAGGAAUAUAAAGGUAUUUUGAAUAAUGCCUUCUGUUCCAGUUUUUAUAAGACACUUGUCAAUUUGAAUGAAGUAAUUGCCAGCAGCCCUA